AUGCUCCCAGUUUCUACUCUCGUAUUCAUCUUCACUCUUUCAAUUGCUGUUGUAGUCAUUACCCGUCAUCGUCCUUGGUCUCGCCAUCGAUACCAGUUCCCGAAUUCCCAUAUUGAUAGUUCCGAAAAAUCAACUUCCGUUGGGGACGAUAAGGAGAAUGAAGAUGGAAAUCCCCCAAAAUGGGGUUCAGGUAUUGAGCCUCUUGACGGCUUCGACUGGAGAGCUACUCCGCCAUUGAAACUGAGACCGUUCAAGCCGAUAUUCAAUGUCACAAUGGCCAUCCAAAAUAGCACCCCCUCCGACCUUAUCGUCAUGGACUGCAACUACCUCGACCGAGUGACCGGCCGCCGCCAACUCAUUGACAAACACGGAUCAUUGCUCCAUGGUGCUACCCCCUCUGGGGCCGCAGCAGUCCAAGAGCUUUACACAUACCUUCUCGGCACAUACCUCCCGACACGGUACCCAAGUAUGUUUACCAUCAAGCAAGAGGGGGUCCCAGGCCCCGAGCUUCAACCCCCCCGAACAAUUGUCACUGUCUUUCACAAUAAAGUCACCGACAGGACGUUUCCUCUCUCGCCUCCACGAUUCAACCCGUCAGAAAUGCUCAGAAUUCUCGGUGAGACGGUUGAGGAAGACAUGUUUCUCCUGUUACGAGACCAAGUCCAAAGCGGGGAAGGCAACUCUCCAAACAAACAAGAACACCGGUCUGUGGCCUUUGUAUGCUGCCACCCUGCUGGAUUCGACCCGUCUGAGAAGCUGGGCAUGAGGUUGGCCGAGAUCCAUGGACCGGUUCCUGGAUACGAGAAGAUUGGAGCCAGCAUGGAGCGGUACUUUGCUCGACUUGAGAUUGGGAGAAGCGUGAAGCGGGUGAAUUGGUCCAUCCAAACCCACCCCAACCUCUACGCCCCCAGUUCCAGCGGCAAUCACAUCUACACCCACCCAAGCAACCAACACCAACCCACAGACCAAGACCAAAACCAAGAUAACCACCAACCCCACCACCAAAACAACGCCACCCCCCAACCCGACCCCCAACAAGCCAUAUUCCGCGUCGAACGACAAACCCUCACCCGCCUCCCUCAAACCCGCGCCAUCCUCUUCAGUUUCAAGACAUACAUGUACCCGCUCUCUGAGAUCCGGGAGGAAGGACUCGGCCCGCAGCUCGCGGAUGCCAUUGAGGGGCUGCAGAAGGGGAAUGCGCCGGGGAUGUGGGUGUAUAAGGGGGGUGUUAAGUGGGGGGAGUCGUUGAAGGGUUAUUUGAGGGGGUGA